CCGGCUCCGGCUCCGGCUCCGGGCUUGCUGUCAGGAAGGAGUACCUUUUGCUUUUGCGGGGUGAGGGUGUGAUUUGUCCGGCUCCAACCUCAGAGGUCGCCGAGGAUAAUGCCUAUAAAGCUAUGCAAGAAUCACAGGAAACCCACAUAUCCAAGUAUUUAGAUGAAAUUGUGGCUGCUGUCAGCGUCACGCCGAGAAAGAAGUUCGCCAGCAGGCUGCCUCAUUCGGUCCUCUUCCAGCCUCCGCGAGAGCAACUCCAGCUCUGCGAAGAGAAAGCAAAGUCCUACUCCAGCCGGCACGAGUAUAAGCAGGCGAUCCAGGAGCUCGUCCGCUGCGUAGCGUUGACCAGGAUCUGCUAUGGCAGCUGCCAUUGGAAACUAGCAGAGGCGUAUGUUAAUCUGGCUCAAGGCUACCUCCAGCUGAAAGGAACGUCCCUGCAGGCCAAACACCAUGCAGAGAAAGCCAGAGAAAUCCUCACCAACUCCAUCGUGCCUUCCUGUGAUGACGACACGGCUGUUUUCAGGUGUUCCGUUGAGCUAUUCCAUACCCUGGGGAGAGCCCAACUCUCCCUGCAAAAAUUUAAGGAAGCCGCAGAGAACUUGGCGAAAGCAGAGAGGCUUUCAAAGGAGCUGCUGCGAUGUGGAAGGAUCGUGAAGGAAGAGUGGAUAGAAACCCAAGCUCGGAUCAAACUGUCAUUCGCGCGGAUGUACCAGGGCCGGAGGAAAUCCAAAGAAGCUCUGCCCUACUACCAAGAGGCUUUAGAACAUACGGAGAGCAGCAAAGGGGAAAAGAGUCUCGAAUGUGUGCCGGUGCUGAGGGAACUGGCGGGCGCGGAACGGGCCCUGAGACUCCACGACGCGUCCAUCAACCACUUCCUGCCGGCGCAUCUCAUCGUCCUGAGCGCAGAGCCGUCCCGAGAGGAGGCAGCGGAGUCCGCGCACUGUGUCGCCCGCGCAGCCCUGGCUUCCGGGAGGCCCGAGCACCACGAUGUGGCCGAGCGGUACUUCCGAGAGAGCCUGGCUCACCUGAAGGAUGCGGAAGGGAUGGGGAAAGCCAAGUUUCUCUCGGUUCAAGACGAAUAUUGCCAUUUUCUGCAAGGCGCUGGGCAAGAGGAGAGAGCGACCUCGAUCCUGAGGGAGUCCCUGGAGGCCAAAGUGGGGGCGUUUGGUGAUCUCAGUCCUGAGGUGGCAGAGACCUACCGGCUCCUGAGCGGCGCCGACCUGGCGCAGGGGAACCACGGCGGGGCCCACAAGAAACUGAACAAGUUGUCCUGGCGAAAGAUGAUGGUAGCUUGCUCCAUGACAGUGGCCAGGGGAUGGAGCAGAGUCGUGGGGGAGUCGAGGGGUGUCGAUAAGGAUAGAGAGCUCACGGCACUUGGCAACGCAGAGUGUCUCCAGAUUCAGACCCUCCUGUACGGACCGCAGGACAGGCGGACGCUGGCCACCCAGCAGGCCCUGGACGUCCUGUCCAAGGCCCCCGAGAUGGCCACCGUGAAGCUGAGGUCGGGC